AGUGAAAGAGGGGCGCUGCAUCUUUAAGAUCUGCCCCUGUGUGUGUGAGUUUGUGAGAGAGAGCAGAGGGGCUUGUUUAUUGUUCCAGGGACAAAAGCGUGAGUGAGAAUCAUAAAAGCAUCGAGGGAGAUUAAACUACACGGCACAUCACAGAGACAGAGCGUGAUACGCACACACAUACUCACAUGGCUGGCUCCGGUUUUGAUUGGCUAAGACAGUUGCUACGACGCCUCAGAGGUGUGGAUGAGAAGACCAGUAACCCCAGGAGACUCCAGGAGGUCACAUCAGGUUGCUAUGACUGCUGCAUCCGCUGCCUGGGCGCCGUGCCCUACACCAGCCUGCUGGCCACCCUGCUCUGCUACACCGGUGUGGCGCUCUUCUGCGGGGGAGGGCAUGAGGCGCUCACUCACACACGCACAUUUGUAGAGCUCUACUUCGCAAGGGACGUCCAGGAUUUCAUUGUGCUGGCAGACUUUAUAAAAUAUUUCCAGUAUGUGAUCUACGGUCUGGCCUCCUUCUUUUUCCUCUAUGGAUUGUUGCUUUUGGCUGAAGGUUUUUACACCACCAGUGCAGUAAAGCAGACGUUUGGAGAAUUCAGGAGCACCAAGUUUGGGCGCUGCCUCAGCCUGACUUUCAUAAUCCUGACGUACGUGCUCGCCGUGAUCUGGCUGGUUGUCUUUGGCUUCACAGCCAUUCCUGUGCUCUUCUUCAUUAAUAUGGAAAGCUCCUGUCACAAAGUCAACAUCCUGUCAGAAACCACCUUGUUCAACCAGCAAGCAAGGGUCUGCAUGGAUGCACGGAUGUAUGGGUUUCUUCCCUGGAAUGCUGUGCCGGGGAUUGUUUGUGGAAAUACACUGGCAAGCAUCUGCAAAACACCAGAGUUCUAUGUGACCUAUGACCUUUACAUCUGUGCAUUUGCUGGAGCCGGAAUCACCCUUCUUGCCCUGUUCGUUUACGUGGUUGCCACCACCUACAACUACGCUGUUCUUAGGUUUCUCGGAAGGAAGGGAAUCCGUUGCUAGGUUCGGUGUUGCUAGGCCCGCUUUCCUGUCGCCUGUGGCAGCAGUUUCAGUGGUGUCAUCAGUGUGGCCGGUGAGGAAACGCAAAAGAGCUCCAUGAAGCCCCUGCAGAGUUCUAUCAUACAGAGCACAAACACACACACACACAAACGACUGGUUUCAUGAGACAAAUUAGUACAAACUACACUAAGGUAGAUUUACC